UUUCUUGGGACUGUUGUCUGGGACUGCACGUAGGGCCCCCGACAGCUGCUCUCGGGAGCCGCCUCCCGACACCCGAGCCCCGCCGGCGCCUCCCGCUCCCGGCUCUUGGCUCCCUCCGCCUCUCCCUCCCCGCGCCCCGCCGCCACCAAGGAGGCCCCGCUUCGGGGUCGGACGCCGGGGUCUGCCGUGAAGAGCGAUGAGAGAGAUGUUGCCCCCACCCCCGUAGGCCCAAGGGAUCAAGAGCAAUGGGGCCAGGGGCCCUCUCAUUUCUACUGCUGCUGCUGCUGCUCUUGGUGGCAACAGGAGAUGCUGACAUGAAGGGACAUUUUGACCCUGCCAAGUGCCGCUAUGCCCUGGGCAUGCAGGACCGGACCAUCCCGGAUGGUGACAUCUCUGCUUCCAGCUCCUGGUCAGACUCCACUGCGGCUCGCCACAGCAGGCUGGAAAGCAGCGACGGAGAUGGGGCAUGGUGCCCUGCGGUGCCGGUGUUUCCCAAGGAGGAGGAGUACCUGCAGGUGGACCUGCGGCGGCUGCACCUGGUGGCGCUGGUGGGCACCCAGGGGCGGCACGCAGGGGGCCUGGGCAAGGAGUUCUCCCCCAGCUACCGGCUGCGCUACUCCCGGGACGGCCACCGCUGGAUGGAUUGGAGGGACCGCUGGGGCCAGGAGGUGAUCUUAGGUAAUGAGGAUCCUGGGGGAGUGGUGCUGAAGGACCUUGGGCCCCCCAUGGUGGCCCGACUGGUUCGCUUCUAUCCCCGGGCGGACCGAGUCAUGAGCGUCUGUCUACGGGUGGAGCUCUAUGGCUGCCUCUGGAAGGAUGGACUCCUGUCUUACAUGGCCCCUGUGGGGCAGACGAUGUACUUAUCUGAGGCUGUGCACCUCAACGACUCCACCUACGAUGGACACACCACACACACCGUUGGCGGGCUGCAGUACGGAGGUCUGGGCCAGCUGGCAGAUGGCGUGGUGGGGCUGGAUGACUUUAGGAAGAGCCAGGAGCUGCGGGUCUGGCCAGGCUAUGACUAUGUGGGAUGGAGCAAUCACAGCUUCCCCAGCGGCUACGUGGAGAUGGAGUUUGAGUUUGACCGGCUGAGGACCUUCAAUGCCAUGCAGGUCCACUGUAACAACAUGCACACGCUGGGAGCCCGCCUGCCUGGCGGGGUGGAGUGUCGCUUCAAGAGGGGCCCUGCCAUGGCCUGGGAGGGGGAGCCCGUGCGCCAUGCCCUGGGGGGCAGCCUGGGGGACCCCAGAGCCCGGACUGUGUCAGUGCCCCUGGGCGGCCGAGUGGGCCGCUUUCUGCAGUGUCGCUUCCUCUUUGCUGGGCCGUGGUUACUCUUCAGCGAAAUCUCCUUCAUCUCUGAUGUUGUGAAUGACUCCUCCCUGGCUUUGGGGGGCACCUUCGCACCAGCCCCCUGGUGGCCACCCGGCCCACCUCCCACCAACUUCAGCAGCUUGGAGCUGGAGCCCAGGGGCCAGCAGCCUGUGGCCAAGGCCGAGGGGAGCCCGACCGCCAUCCUCAUUGGCUGCCUGGUGGCCAUCAUCCUCCUGCUGCUGCUCAUCAUCGCCCUCAUGCUGUGGCGCCUGCACUGGCGCAAGCUCCUCAGCAAGGCUGAGCGUCGGGUGUUAGAAGAGGAGCUGACGGUUCACCUCUCUGUCCCUGGGGACACCAUCCUCAUCAACAACCGCCCAGGCCCUCGAGAACCACCCCCUUACCAGGAGCCCCGGCCUCGUGGGAAUCCGCCCCACUCUGCUCCCAGUGUCCCCAACGGCUCUGCGUUGCUGCUCUCCAAUCCAGCCUACCGUCUCCUUCUGGCCACUUACGCCCGCCCCCCUCGAGGCCCGGGCCCCCCCACACCCGCCUGGGCCAAACCCACCAACACCCAGGCCUGCAGUGGGGACUACAUGGAGCCGGAGAAGCCGGGUGCCCCGCUUCUGCCCCCACCUCCCCAGAACAGCGUCCCCCACUAUGCCGAGGCUGACAUUGUCACCCUGCAGGGUGUCACUGGAGGCAACACCUAUGCUGUGCCCGCGCUGCCCCCAGGGGCAGCUGGGGAUGGGCCCCCCAGAGUGGAUUUCCCUCGGUCGAGGCUCCGCUUCAAGGAGAAGCUUGGCGAGGGCCAGUUUGGGGAGGUGCACCUGUGUGAGGUAGAGAACCCUCAAGAUCUGGUCAGUCUUGAUUUCCCCCUUAGUGUGCGCAAGGAACACCCUUUACUUGUAGCUGUCAAGAUCCUACGGCCAGAUGCCACCAAGAAUGCCAGGAAUGAUUUCCUGAAGGAGGUGAAGAUCAUGUCGAGGCUAAAGGACCCAAACAUCAUCCGGCUCCUGGGCGUGUGUGUGCAGGACGACCCCCUCUGCAUGAUAACUGAUUACAUGGAGAAUGGCGACCUCAACCAGUUCCUCAGUGCCCACCAGCUAGAGGACAAGGCGGUGGAGGAGGACAGAGAUGGGGAGGCGGCCCAGGGGCCCACCAUCAGCUACCCGAUGCUGCUGCAUGUGGCGGCCCAGAUUGCCUCGGGCAUGCGCUAUCUGGCCACACUCAACUUUGUGCAUCGGGACUUGGCCACAAGGAACUGCCUGGUUGGGGAGAAUUUCACCAUCAAAAUCGCCGACUUUGGCAUGAGCCGGAACCUCUACGCCGGGGACUAUUACCGUGUGCAGGGCCGGGCGGUGCUGCCCAUCCGGUGGAUGGCCUGGGAGUGCAUCCUCAUGGGGAAGUUCACGACUGCCAGUGACGUGUGGGCCUUUGGGGUGACCCUGUGGGAGGUGCUGAUGCUCUGCAGGGCCCAGCCGUUUGGGCAGCUCACCGAUGAGCAAGUCAUCGAGAACGCGGGGGAGUUCUUCCGGGACCAGGGCCGGCAGGUGUACCUGUCCCGGCCCCCAGCCUGCCCACUGGGCCUGUAUGAGCUGAUGCUUCGGUGCUGGAGCCGGGAGCCUGAGCAGCGACCACCCUUUUCCCAACUGCAUCGGUUCCUGGCAGAAGAUGCGCUCAACACAGUGUGAAUCACAACACCCAGCCGCCCCUCCCUCAGGGAGGAUUCAGGGGAGGCCAGCGGCACUAAACAAGAGGAGCUAAGCGCACCCCACUCCAUUCCCCCUCCUGACCGCCCUUCACCUCUGAGAGAGGCAGUGUGGCUGAAGGUGGGCUGGGCCUGCCAGGGAGCUGACGCCCUCCCUUCCCCAGAUACGCUCUCAUGCCCCCUUCCUGCUCCUCUUAAAAGCCCCUGCCACCCACCCAGCUGGCCCUGUGGAUGGGAUCCUCUCUGACCUCCUCUAGCCAUCUCUUGGGGGAGGUGGGAGAAAAUAUAGGGCAGACACUGGACCUGGCCCAUUGGAGCACCUGGGCCUCCCUGGACAACACUGGUGCCUGGAGAGAAGGCUGUUGCCCCCAGCCUCUCUCUCUCUCCGUCACACACUGGACCCCACUGGCUGAGAAUCUGGGGAGUGAGGAGGACAAGAAAGGGAGAAAGGGGUUCCCUUGUGCCUCCUCCUGGGAUUGCCCUCAGCUUUGGCCUCCCUCCUCCAUCCUAUGAAACACUGGACUUGGGGGUGAUCCCUACCCCUGCCAGCCUACCCACUUCCCAUCUGCCCUGUUGUAGGUAGAACUUCUCUAAGCCUGUAUGUUUCUGUGGAAUAAGUAUUGGGGUUAGGGGGGAAGGAGAGCAAUGGCCCAUGGCCCUGGGGUUGGACAUCUCUAUGGUAGCUGCCACAUUGGUUUUUCUAUAAUCACUUGGGGUUUGUACAUUUUUGGGGGGGGAGAGACACAGAUUUUUACACUAAUAUAUGGAUCUAGCUCAAUGCUAUUUUAAUCCCCUGCACUAGGCAGGUAAUAAUAAAGGUUGAGUUUUCCACA